CGCCAUGCCCAAAAGAAAGGCUGAAGGGAAUACUAAAGGAGAUAAAGCUAAGGUGAAGGACGAACCACAGAGAAAAUCUGCAAGGUUGUCUGCUAAAUCUGCUCCUCCAAAGCCAGAGCCCAAGCCUGAAAAGGCCCCUGCAAAGAAGGGAGAGAAGAUACCCAAGGGGAAGAAGGGGAAAGCAGAUGCUGGCAAGGAUGCAAAUAACCCUGCAGAAAAUGGAGACCCCAAAACAGACCAGACACAGAAAGCUGAAGGUGCUGGAGAUGCCAAGUGAAAUGUGUGCAUUUCUGAUAACUGUG